AUGCCUACCAUGCCGAUUACACAAGCCCAGCCGAAGUGUAUCUUGGAGGCCGCAAACCUUCAUGACCAAUCUCAAGUGGACCAGCUCCUCCGCCAGCGCAAAAUAUGCGGCUGGAAGACAAGGCCGAGUGAUAUGGUCUCGUGGAAGGCAAGAGCUGAGGCACGAACAACAACACUCUUCUGGAUCAAGCCGAUCGCGAAUCCCGACCUGAGAGCAGGCCACGUCUCGCUUGACAGGAUCAGCGAUGAUCCAUCGAGCCUUAAGAUCGCAGACCUGUUCAUCCUACCAGAGCACCGAGGCGGCGGACUCGCCCGCGCAGCUUUCCAGGCUGUUGAGAAGAUGGCUACUACGGAGCCUAAGCGGUACUCUGAGGACGAGGAGAUGCGGCUGGAGUAUAACAAGCUCACUGGGACGUGGCCCAGCCAGAAGGGUGCGACCAACGAGGACUGGUAUGCGCGCAUGGGAUACGUUACUUACGAGGAAAAGCCUGCCUAUCCCGAGCGAGAGAGCAGGCCUACCGGGAGGUUCCUCCUGGCGUCGUUCAUGAAGAAGGAAAUACGCCGGUAG